AUGUUCCUGCUUUCAAGAGGAAGGAGGAGAAGACGAGAGCGUGAAUCGUGGGAUGAGCUCCGGAGAAGAAUCAAUGGAUUGGUGAAUAAGGUAAACGCCACUAACCUGAAUCAUGUAGUUUUGGAAUUGUUGGAAGAGAAUCUCAUCAGAGGAAGAGGGCUUUUGUGCAGAUCCUGUUUGAAAUCUCAGAUUGCUUCUCCUAAUUUCUCCGAUGUGAUCGCCGCUUUGAUCGCCGUUGUCAACUCCAGAUUCCCUUCGAUCGGCGGUCUCUUGCUGAGAAGACUGGUCCUGCAGAUCCGAAGAGCUUAUCAUCGCAACGACAAGCCUCUAUUGCUAGCCGUCGUUAGAUUCCUCGCUCAUCUCGUGAACCAGCGAGUCGCUGGCGAGACUAUUGCGCUGGAGCUUUUCCAGAUGCUUCUUGGUGAGCCCACCGCGGACACCGUGGAGGUUGCUGUCGCCUUUGUUACAGAGUGUGGAGCCACGCUUCAUGAGGUCUCUCCGAGAGCCUUCAACGUGAUUUUCGACAUCUUUCGCGGGAUUCUUCACCAAGGGAGUUUGGAGUACAGGUCUCAGUGUUUGAUCGAGUCUCUGGUCACUCUUAGGAGAUCUAAUUUUAGUGGUCAUCCAGCGAUUCGUCCUCAGUUGGAUCUUCUGGAUUCAGACGAGCAAGAGACGCAUGAGAUCUCUUUACACGACGAAAUCGACCCAGAGACUUCCCUCGACGUCUUCAAACGUGACCCUGAGUUCCACCAGAACGAGAUGAAGUACGAGAAGCUGAAAAGGGAGAUACUUGGGGAGGAAUAUGCAGAGCAACAAAAGGAGGAGGAAGAAGAAGAAGAAGAAGAUGAUGAUGACGACGACGAUGAUGAUGUAGAAGAGACAGAUAUACAGGACUAUACAGAAACUGAUCUUGUCGAUCUCAGGAGGACGAUUUAUCUAACCAUAAUGUCAAGUCUUAGCUUUGAGGAAGCAGCGCAUAAACUGCUCCAAAUCAGGCUAGAACCAGGUCAGGAGAUGGAGCUCUGCGUUAUGAUCCUGGGAUGUUGCACUGAGGAGAGAACUUAUCGCUCUUUCUAUGGUCACUUAGCACACAGACUCUGCCUCAGAAGCAAAAGUUACAGAGAAUGUUUCGAGAAUCUGUUUGUGCAGCAAUACGGGACAGGUCACCGUCUGGAUACCAACAAGCUAAGGAGUGUAGCCAUGUUCUUUGCUCAUCUGUUAGCCACAGAUGCUCUUCCUUGGCAUGCUCUUGCCUACGUUAGGUUAACAGAGGAAGACACGACUUCGUCCUCCCGUAUCUUUGUCAAGAUACUUUUCCAAGAACUCACUGAGCAAUUGGGAAUACGGGCUUUAAAUGAAAAGCUUCAGGAUCCAACCAUGGAGGAGACCUUCGAGUCGAUCUUCCCGAAGGACCAUCCUAAGAACACAAGGUUCUCCAUUAACUUCUUCACCUCCAUUGGCUUAGGGGGCAUCACAGAGAAACUCAGGCAGCUCCUCGUCAAGCGCCAGAAUCCAGAAGUAAUAGAUGAGACGGAGAAGAAGCUUAAAAGAAGAAGAGGUUGA